UAAACCCCCUGCACGCCUCUACGCGUGACUUCUAGAACAAGUCCAGCUUCGCCCUGUGGUCAGUUCGCCUGUAUCUGCCUGCCUGCCUGCCUGCCUACCAUCAUUCGAUUCUCGUCAAAGACGUUUCCGGAUGAAUGAAUCUCGCUCAAACACAUCCCGAGCUGAGGAUCGUCGCCCGGAUCCUGCAGCAAGCCUCUAUCCCACUCGCGACUCAUGCUCAGUUUGAUCAGCAAUGGACUCCCGUGUACCUUGAGCAAUCCUUUCAGUGGACUGAUCACCUCGCUGGACUGCUACGACAAACGACACCGGAAAGCACAACCAGGAAUAUUGGGGGAGGUGAUGGAGCGAUUGAUAUUAUCAGGUCGUUUCUUGAGACGCUGCAAGAUGGAUACGAUGAUGAUACCGCCGUGAUGGGGAAUGGGGUUACGCAGGAUGAACUGCCUUCAGAGGAAGAGCUUCUGGAUCCUUCAGCUGCGUUACGGAAGCGGCUACUCAAGAACCCUGGAUUGUCGGACAGCGCAUUGAUGGCGAUACUAUUGAAUAGAGACUCGCGAACGGGUCUGAAUGAUGACACAUUGGUAUUGACAAUUGUGAGCAACAAUGCGAUGGACGAUCUAAUUGCAGGCGUGCGGUCGCAUUUUCUGCAGCUUGGAAAAAUAGUACCUAUACUGAACCAUGAUAACAUUAUGAAAAAUGUAUCGGCGGAGAGUAUCGAUCGAAAGGCGAAAGCACGUCUGAUUUUCCGCAAGCUGUCCGAUCGAUCCAACCCAUUGACGGUCGAUACAGCCAUGCGUAACCUACGCGCAUAUCUGGACUCAUCGCCAAAUGAGGCUCAGGUAAGGUCAGGGUUUGUUUUUGAUAAACAGUGAGUCCGCUGAGGUGCAGAGUUCUGAUAAUGGAGGGAAAUCACAUUGCGUUCUCACCGCACCUUAUAGGAAGUCAUUCGAUAUCUGUCAGAGAUGGCUACAGCGGCA